ACAUUUUAACGCGUCCUACACAGAACUUCAAAAACUGACAUUAGCGGCAGACAGACAUGCUUGUCUUCGAGGACUGGGGGCGAUUUUUGACUGGGCGAUGACUUUUCUUGACUUUUUUAAGCCGAGGACUGAAUCUUCACUGAGCUGCAGACGCCAAACAGCUGGUUACCGAUGCAUUUAACGAGACCCACGUCCUCUAAGGGAAGGAGCAGGCCUGCUGCUGCUGCUGCUGCCAAUAACGACUCCCCGCAUGCAGGUGACCAUAUCCCCGGAAGUCCAGAGUCCGCUGUCCAACACAGCAGAAGGGACAGAAACCUCCGCUCACAGUCUCAGCCCAGUAUGUACAUGAGGGAGGACCACGUACUGCACCUGCUGCGGCAGCGCGCUCCCGCUGCUCCGCCACAGUCCUUAAACAAGUACAAGGUCCUGCCGUCCAUCGAGAGGAGGCGGUCAGAGGUGAGUGCUGAUGCUGCUGCUGAUGCUGAUGCUGCUGCUGCUGGUUCUGCAGGAGGAGGAAGUCUGGACCAACACAUGUCUGCGCUCACGCUGUCCGGUCAUGCUGUCCUGCAGCAGACUGACGGGUCUCACAGGAUCCGGUCCAAGCCUCUAGAACCGGAGCCAGGAGGACCAACAACAAGCAGAGAAGCUGGUGCCAACGGCAGUUUGCUCUUAGCCAUAAGAGCCCCGUGUGGCAGGAGGUUUGAGCAGCACUUUGAGUCCACGGACACUCUGCUGACGGUGAGAGCCAGUGCAGAGGUCAGGUUUGGACACAGGUAUGGAGAGGCCUUCAUUGAAACUAUGGAUGUGCCACGCAGGAGCUUCACAGACAUGGAUAUGACUUUGGAUCAGUGUGACAUCGUGAACAGAUCAGUGCUGUGCAUCACACUCAACAGCAAUGACAGUGUGGUGCAACAUGAGUGAGUGAAUUCAUGCUUUAUGUUUUGCUUUGCAGCUGGAAUCUCACCCUUGACCUUUCACCUUGGAAACAUGGUGGCCUUUUGGCCUAGUAAGCUUCCACCUCUGCAAAUAUGUUCACCUUCACAAAAUGUUAAACACUGAUCCUUUAUAGUUCAACGUGUCCAGUAAACCUAUGAAUGUAUGAUUAGAUAGUUAGAUAAUUACAAUGAGGUACAAAUAUGAAUUAUGCAAUAUGGGUAUACAUAUCAAUAGUGCACAAGCUUUUGGUAAAUUAUUAAAUCAACCUCAACUGUGGAUUUUGAAUAAUUGUAGUCACUUGUAUUAUUGAACAGAUAACUACACAUGGAGCAGAUGGAAUAUGACUAUGUUUAAAAUGCUAAUUAAAUCCACUUUUUUU